UACCCUAAAAAGGCGUUCUUUUCUAUGUACAACCUCCGGCGAACCUCCAUACUUUCCGGCAAACUUACAUCAUUCCAGAAAACCCAAUCUUUCUCAGCAAACCCACACCAAUACACUCACAAUAUUCUCCCACUAUGCGCCUCUACAAAAUCACUCCAACAAACCCAACAAUCACACGCAAUUGCUCUCACAAACGGCUAUCUCCCCAACAGCAUCUCAAUAUCCGCUGCUCUUAUUCUCCAAUACGCAACCUAUGGAGACCCAUCAACCUCACACCUUCUGUUUCACCCAUCAGUUUCAUACUGUCGCUCUGCUUUCUUGUGGAACACGAUCACCAGAGCCAACAGUAUUGCUGGAGUCUACGAUGGCUUUAAAGUUUACAACUUAAUGAUUCGUAGUGGCGUUAGACCUGAUGAUCAUACGUUUCCGUUUGUUUUGAAGGUUUGUACGGAUUAUUACGAGGUUUGGAAAGGGAAAGAGGUUCAUGGGGUGGUUUGGAAGCUAGGGUUUGGUUCGGAUGUGUUUGUGGGGAAUACCCUUUUGAGGUUUUAUGGGGAAUGUAGUGGGUUGAAUGAUGCAGAGAAGGUGUUUGAUGAAAUGUCUGAGAGAGAUGUGGUGUCAUGGAACACACUUAUUGCAGUGUGUUCUAGCAGUUCUAUAAUGAGUUGUUAUAAUAAGGUGAUUACCUUGUUUAGGGACAUGGUUUACGCGGAUAAGGUUAAGCCGAAUGUGGUUACGGUUGUGAGUGUGUUGCCGGUGUGUGCAGCGGUCGAGGACCGCGUGAUGACUAGUGAGAUACAUUGUUAUGUUACUAAGAUGGGAUUCGGUUGCCACGUUACUGUAAACAAUGCGUUAAUCGACGCGUAUGGGAAAUCGGGUGAUUUGAAAGCUUGUAAGCGAGUUUUUAACGAAACGACGGAAAAGAACGAUGUUUCUUGGAACGCUGUUAUAACAAGUUUAGCUCACAUGGAUCGACAACAGGACGCUGUAGGUUUCUUCAAGUCGAUGAUCGAAGAAGGUGUCGUACCAAACCCUGUUGCGGUUUCUAGUAUUCUCCCGGUUUUGGUUGAACUUGAAUAUCGUCAAUGGGGAAUCGAGCUUCAUGCGUUUAGCGUUAGAAGGCGUAUGGAGUCUGAUAUAUUUGUAGCCAAUUCUUUACUCGAUAUGUAUGCUAAAUUCGCGUAUCCGGUAAAAGCGUCCAACGUGUUCGACAAUAUCGAUACGAAAAAUAUUAUAACAUGGAACGCGAUGGUGGCGAAUUAUGCGCAAAACGGAUUAGAAUCGUUAGCUUUACAUGCGGUAAGAGAGAUGCAAACUCGUGAUCAUGUCCCGAAUGCUGUAACCUUAACUAACAUUCUUCCUGCGUGUGCACGAAUCGGGAUUAUUUCUUAUGGAAAAGAGGUACACGCGAGGUCAAUUCGAGGUGGUUUCGACUCGCAGUUGUUCAUCUCUAAUGCACUUAUAGACAUGUAUGCAAAAUGUGGUAAUUUGAAUCUUGCACGAAAACUUUUUAACGUUUCGUAUAAAGAUCGGGUUUCGUAUAACACGCUUAUAUCAGCCUAUUCUCAUACAAACACUUCUUUCGAGUCGUUAACUCUGUUUCGUGAAAUGUUGUUAAAAGGACUAGAACCCGACGCGAUCUCAUACUCUAGUGUGCUUUCGGCUUGUGCAAACAUUUCAGAGAUCAAGAACGGUAAGGAGAUUCACGGGGUUUGUGUAAGAACCCUUUUAUAUAACCAUCUCAUUGUUUCAAACUCGGUUUUGGAUCUUUACACGAAAUGUGGACGCGUUGAUCUUGCCCAGAAAGUGUUUGAUGAAAUGCCUAAAAGAGAUGCAGCUUCAUGGAACACGAUCAUUAUGGGGUAUGGAAUGCGUGGUGAAAUCGACACCGCGAUUAGUUUGUUCAAAGCCAUGAAAGGUGACAAUCGCGAUCAUGUGGAUCAUGUGAAAUGCGAUUCGAUUACUUACAUAGCGGUUCUAUCCGUUUGUAGUCAUGGAGGAUUAGUUGAUUUAGGAAAAAAAUACUUUGAAGAAAUGAAGGAAUGUAACAUUGAACCGACACAAAUGCAUUACGCGUGUAUGGUUGAUGUUUUGGGUCGGGCCGGGCUAAUGGAUGAGGCGGUAGAGAUGAUUAACGGGCUAGGAAUGGAGGCCGAUGCGAAUGUUUGGGGGUCUUUGCUUGGAGCUUGUAGGAUUCAUGGGAAUAUUGAGUUGGGUCAGUGGGCUGCGGAUCGUAUUUUGAAGAUGAAACCGGGUCAUUCGGGUUACUACAUGUUGCUUUCGAAUAUGUAUGCAGAAGCAGGAAGGUGGUAUGAAGCUGAUAAGAUUAGAGAGUUGAUGAAGGUUAGGGGAGUUCAAAAGAAUCCUGGUUUUAGUUGUGUUUAACAAGCUCAUAAUGGUUAAGACCAAUCUUUGGAUAAAUGUAUAUAUUAAUUCUGAUAAUACAAUAAAA